AUGGUUGGGCUUUCUGAGCUCUUCUCCCCCAAAAAGAGUCCUGAUCCCUGUGAUGAGGAUGGGAGUACAGAUAUAGAUGAUCAGUGUCCAGGAACAAGCUUGGUUAAGAGGCCCUCACAGAAGAAGAAAAGAGGAAAACGGACCAAGGCUAUGGGGGCAAUGGUUGGGCGUUCUGAGCUCUUCUCCCCCAAAAAGAGUCCUGAUCCCUGUGGGGAGGAUGGGAGUACAGAUAUAGAUGAUCAGUGUCCAGGAACAAGCUUGGUUAAGAGGCCCUCACAGAAGAAGAAAAGAGGAAAACGGACCAAGGCUAUGGGGGCAAUGGUUGGGCGUUCUGAGCUCUUCUCCCCCAAAAAGAGUCCUGAUCCCUGUGGGGAGGAUGGGAGUACAGAUAUAGAUGAUCAGUGUCCAGGAACAAGCUUGGUUAAGAGGCCCUCACAGAAGAAGAAAAGAGGAAAACGGACCAAGGCUAUGGGGGUAAUGGAGCGAACCAUAGUGAAGGCGAAGAGACCGUGGAGUGAAGUAGAGAGGAGUGCGGUAAAGAAACACUUGGCAAAGUUUAUUAAAGAGCGUCAAGUUCCUGGAAAAGAACCCUGCAUGCAAUGUGUAAAAGAAGAGAAAGCCUUGGAUAAAAGAUCCUGGAAAGAUGUUAAGAACUUUGUGUUCAAGACAAUUGUCUCUUUGAGCCACAGGUCUGCUUCAAAGCAGCUUUACCACUGAAGAUCUUCAAUGUACCGCUGUGUUCUAGUUAAUAUUGUCUGGUUCAGCCAAUAGUUGCUACGUUUUAAUCCUGUUUACCGCCGUUUGGUUUGUGCAGUACUGUUUCGGUAGUGUUUCAGAACAUAACAGUAAGACUUAUUUAAUGCUGCAACUAACAUUUAUUUUCAGCAUCCAUUUAUCAGAUAAAUAUUUUCUCCGUUAAUUUGUUAUAUAAAAUGUCGGAAUGUCAUUUAUUUUGUCCAACUGACAAAGCAGCAAAUACUCAGUUGAGAAGUUUGAACAAAAUUAAAUAAAGAUAAUUCUGGUCACAUGCAGUGAUGUUUAAAUUAUGUGUCCGUCGGUUUGUGACAUGCAAUCACAUAUUGUGCA